AUGCGUUACGAGACCUCCAAUCGGACAAUAGUGAUUGUCCCCGCCGACAAGGGCAAGGGCACCGUGGUGCUCAACAAAACCGACUAUGAGAAAAAGAUGGAAGAAAUUUUUGAUGACCCGGCCCAUUUUGUGAAGCUCCAGCACGACCUGACGAUCAAAACAGAACGUUCGCUCGUUGAUCUGAAGAAAAAAAGGCGAAUUGAUGGCCCCACCUACCGACAUCUGUUCUCAUCCGACGCCUCGAUUUCCAGGGCUUAUGGACUUCCGAAUGUACAUAAACCGGAGUGCCCCCUACGACCCAUUGUCUCCUUCAUUGGAUCGCCUACUCAUAAUCUUUCAAAAUUCUUGGUUCAACUCAUCACACCGGUAACUGAAAAGAGCGGACUGACUGUUCGUAAUUCCAGCGAGUUCGUGGAGCUUACUCGAGAACUGACGAUGGAUCACGACGACGUCAUGGUGUCCUUCGACGCUGUGUCUCUCUUUACUAACGUUCCGACAGAUGUGGCGAUUGCAGUGGCUCAGGCACGGCUCCGACACGACGACACACUCCCCGCUCGCACUUCGUUGUCAAUUGAAGAUAUCGUGGUUCUUUUGCGUUUCUGUCUGAACCAGACCCAUUUCGCCUUCCGAGGACAAGUGUACCAUCAGAUUGCUGGCUGCCCUAUGGGUAGCCCCGUGUCGGUGACCAUGGCGAACCUCGUCAUGGAGCACCUAGAGAUGACCGCGUUGCAGAGGACACGCCAUAAGAUCAAGUUCUACAGACGAUAUGUCGACGACACCUUCGUCAUUUUCAAUCGAGAACACGUGAACAACUUUCUUUCUACCUUAAAUGAUGUUGAGCCCGGCAUUCAGUUCACGUACGAAGUCGAGCAGGAUAACCGGCUGCCCUUCUUGGAUGUUGACGUACGAAGAUGUCAGAAUGGCAAGUUAGAAACUAGCAUUCACCGUAAAUCUCGUGACACCGGAAAUUUCUUGAACUUUGAUUCCCACCAUCCUAUCGAACAUAAACGAAGUGUCGUUAGAAGUCUUCUUCGAAGGUCCGACAAUUUCACUUCGACCCCUGAACUCCGCGCAGAAGAGGAAGCAACUAUUACCAUGUCUCUGGCUAAACGCGGCUAUCCCAAACAAUUUAUUGUUAACACAAAAAAACGAAUGCAAGAGGAAAAGCGCCCGCUCAACAAACGCGACUUCAAUCAAAUCACUGUAUGCAUUCCAUACGUCAAGGGUGUAUCUGAGUCGGUUCGUCGAGCGCUUCUUCCACUAGAUAUCAAGACAACAUUUAAGCCUUUCAUCAAACUUCGAAGUAUGCUGUCCAAGCCCAAAUACCCUGUUCCCUCGGCUUCCCAAAGCGGAGUUGUUUACCGGGUCCAAUGCCAAGACUGCGACGCAGUAUACACAGGGGAAACGGGUCGCAAAUGCUGUACCCGUCUCAAAGAGAACAAACGUGACGUGGACUAUGCUACGCAUGCGACAAGGUCAAAGACGGAACUGGUUGACCAUUGUUGGAGGACCGGCCAUACUUUCGAUUUUGCUAAUGCGGAGACUCUGGCUCGCGAACAAAGGUGCUGGCCCAAGAAGCUUCCGGAAUCGUGGCACAUUCGGGGUAACCCACUUGCGUGCAACGUGAACCGUGGCCCUCUCCCGGAGAUCUAUGUCGACCUUCUUAAAUAG